ACGCCGCGCGGGGCAUAUAAGGAGGGCUGCGGGCGAGGGGAGCGGCCCCUCCGCAUCGCGCAGGGACGGGCACGGGCACGGGGCGCGAGCGCGGCGCGGUGCAGGCUCUGUGCGUGCGGCUGUCACCAUGGGCGAUCAAGCUUUGAGCUUCCUGAAGGACUUCCUGGCAGGUGGCAUCGCCGCUGCCGUCUCCAAGACCGCGGUCGCCCCCAUCGAGAGGGUCAAACUGCUGCUGCAGGUCCAGCAUGCCAGCAAACAGAUCAGUGCUGAGAAGCAGUACAAAGGGAUCAUUGAUUGCGUGGUGAGAAUCCCCAAGGAGCAGGGCUUUCUCUCCUUCUGGAGGGGUAACCUGGCCAACGUGAUCCGUUACUUCCCCACCCAAGCUCUCAACUUCGCCUUCAAGGACAAGUACAAGCAGAUCUUCCUGGGGGGCGUCGAUCGGCAUAAGCAGUUCUGGCGCUACUUUGCUGGUAACCUGGCUUCCGGUGGGGCCGCCGGGGCCACCUCCCUUUGCUUUGUCUACCCGCUGGACUUUGCUAGGACCAGGUUGGCUGCCGACGUGGGCAAGGGCGCCGCCCAGCGUGAGUUCUCUGGCCUGGGCAACUGUAUCACCAAGAUCUUCAAGUCCGAUGGCCUCAAGGGUCUCUACCAGGGCUUCAACGUCUCUGUCCAGGGCAUCAUUAUCUACAGAGCUGCUUACUUCGGCGUCUAUGAUACUGCCAAAGGGAUGCUGCCUGACCCCAAGAAUGUGCACAUUUUUGUGAGCUGGAUGAUUGCCCAGAGCGUGACGGCCGUUGCUGGGCUGGUGUCCUACCCUUUUGACACUGUUCGUCGUAGGAUGAUGAUGCAGUCUGGUCGGAAAGGGGCUGAUAUCAUGUACACGGGGACAAUCGACUGCUGGAGGAAGAUUGCGAAAGAUGAAGGAGCCAAGGCCUUCUUCAAGGGUGCCUGGUCCAAUGUGUUGAGAGGCAUGGGUGGUGCUUUUGUAUUGGUAUUGUAUGACGAGAUCAAAAAAUACGUUUAAUUGCAAUUAAAACGCAAGUUCACUGGUGUGCAGUGAACUUGAUCCAUAAAUUCACAGAUCCAUUGUGUGGUUUAAUCGACUAUUCCUAGGGGAAGUAAAAAGACAUCCUAGGAUAGAACCAGACCAAAAGGGAUACCUCAGAAAAAAUGCUUCAUUGAGGGUGUUCAUUAAACCACACAUGUAUUUUGUAUUCAUUUUACAUUUAAAUUCUCACAGCAAAUAGAAAAUAACUUAUCAUACAUGUUCAAUUAACUGAAGAACUGAUAAUGAAGAAAUGACUGAAUUUGAAACACCAAUAAAGACCACUUAUUGCACAUUCUCUA